GAUCUAUGGCACACCAGCAUCGGACCUUUAGCAAAAUGGCGACAGGCAGCGCAUUCUUGUGACAUUUUCUCUCAAAAGUGCAUUUAGUUGUGAUUUUUCGAACACUUUUUAUGUUCAUAUUUCAAGUAGUGUAUGUUUGAACUAAAACAAUGAGCGAAUGGGCGGGAUUUUCAGAAGACGAACUGCGGAGAAUGCAGCAGAAAGAAUCUAAGCUUGCCAACACGCGCAAGUCGAGAUCGGGCAGCCGGGGUUUGCAUCAAAGUCACCGGGAGAGAAAUUUGCACCGGGUGGCUGAUGAAAGUGCAGGGUUGUGUUCUACUGCACUACCGCCGGACCAGCAGCUCAAUAAAGUGCCAAGCAAGGACGAAGCCAAGAUGGCUCCUGCAGCUCCAACUGUCAAAAAGGAAGAAAUGACACAUGACAAGUGUCGAGAAGAUGUAGAAGAGGAACCACUUCCGGAUGUGAAGGAGCUGGAUAAACAACAGAUUCAACUCCGAGACCAGGCUCGCCUGGAGCAACUGCAACAGGAACAGAAGUCGAUGGAAGAGAUGAACAAGCGCAAGAAGGCUCUGCUCACCAAAACCAUCGCUGAGAAGUCCAAACAGACUCAAGCUGAGGCUGUGAAGCUGAAGAGAAUCCAGAAGGAGCUGCAAACCCUGGAUGACAUGGUUUCGAACGACGUCUGCAUUCUGAGAGAAAGGAUCGAUGAAGCCAGCUGGGACUACGCCACCGCCAGAAAGCGCUACGAGAAGGCAGAGACGGAGUACGUGACGGCCAAGAUGGACCUCCACAAGAAGUCUGAGGUGAAGGAGCAGCUGACGGAGCAUCUCUUCGCCAUCAUCCAGCAGAACGAGCUGCGUAAAGCUCACAAGCUGGAGGAGCUCAUGCAUCAGCUGCAGCUGCAGGCCACCGAGGAGGAGCUGGAAAGGCAGAGGGCGGAAGACGAGAAGACGUCAGAGCCACCGAGACCUCAGGAGAACGGCGUCGCGGACAAUCAGGAGACAACGGCGCAGUCUGGACCUGCACAAGAGGAGGAGGAGGAGGAUGGGGGCGUCCAUGUGGAGCACCGACUCCCCGACCAAACUCAGCCUGAGCAAGAUUCCCAAACAGCACAGACGUGACUUGUGUCAUUUUUAUGGACGUUUUAAAAAUAUUAUUAUUGAUGAAUCAGUGGGAUGGAUCCCAAUACAAAAGGUGGUGGGAAAAGCCUACAAACAUAUUUAUUGAUGCUCUCCAGUCCAGUCUUGUGCAGGUCUACAAUCUUGUCCCUAAGUUGGCACUUUUGAGUUUGUUUGUGUGACUUUCUUAAAGGUACAGGACUCAUGCUUUGUGGGGGUCUCAAUGCUACCUGUGAUUAAUACUUAUGUCCCUCAAUCAAAUACAAAUAUAUAAACUUAAGUGAAGUGAAGUGAAUUAUAUUUAUGUAACUCUUUUCUCUAGGGACUCAAAGCGCUUUACAUAGGGAAACCCAAUAUCUAAGUUACAUUUAAACCAGUGUGGGUGGCACUGGGAGCAGGUGGGUAAAGUGCCUUGCCCAAGGACACAACAGCAACGACUAGGAUGGCGGUAGCAGGAAUCUGAACCUGGAACCCUCAAGUUGCUGGCACGGCCGCUCUACCAACCGAGCUAUGCCGCCCAAUAUCGUGUUGUUUUUUUUAUACUGUGUACCAUAAAGUGAUGGAUUUUCGGGAUGGGUUUAUUUUUGUUUUCAUAAAAAACACAAUAUGAUGUCUUGGUGAGAGGAAUAAUAAUAAUACUAAUAAUGUUGAUGCACACUGCACUUUUUUAGCCAUGAAGUCGAGUAAAAUGUUUGGCAAGCUUUUUAUUUAGGAGCUCGAGAAAGUGAAGUGCUGCUGUUUUUUUUUUUUACUGCUCGUACCAAUAAUUUACAUUCUUUUCUUCAUGCCAGCGUCACCACAAAAACUACACACACUGCAGCACUUUAUUAAUGUUUUCCAUGCACAAAUGUGUGUGUGUGUGUGUGUGUCUGCGGGCGCCACAAUGGUUGCCCAAUAAGAUUUAAAAGGCUGCACACACAAUGUUUUGUACGUUGCAUGUGACAAACAUGAUCUUAUAAUAUACAUGUCAACUGUUGUGUGUAUUGAUCCAAGCAUUAUUAAUAGUUGUACAAUUCUUGUGGGGAAAAUACACAUGCUUCCAUGUCAAGGCUUUUGUAAUAAAUUGGCAGUUUAUAUGAAAGCUGACUCAAAAUGAAUGUUACUCAUUUGCUGUUUUGGUCUUUUCUGUGUGCUACUAUUGUUAAAAAUGUGAUUUCUUCACUUUUUUCUUUCUUUUGCAGGACACAUGAAAGUCGUAUUUAUAUUUUUUGUGUCGUAAGGAUACAAAGACAUGAUUAUU